AUGAGCCGAAGAGGAAUCUACAGCCAAAUAUCCCGCGUGUACAGUUCGAGCCCCUUCUACAGCGACGUCGACCGGCGGAAGGAUCGAUUUCAACUCUACAUGAUUUUCGCUUCUGGUGCUGUGCAGCUGAGAGACUCUGGGCUACGAAAUGCGCCUAUCGACUACUACACGACCGCCAUGGAAGACGCGAGUAUUCUAGCAGAUUUUCCCGGUCCGACCCAGAUUCAAAAUACGCACCUUGUCAUGCUAUUUGCUUCACAUCAUGACGUCGGAAUUGGCAAUCACUGGGAUCUCGCACGGCAGGCCGUGCGGACGUGCAUACAGCAUGGAUAUCACAGAGCUGCAGUCAAGCCAGCCGAUCCAAUUUCCGAGCAGAUGAGAAGACGGUUGUUCUGGUGUUCCUUCAUCAGUGAUCUACAUCAGAGUCACAGCAUUGGCAGGCCAACUGCAAUUUCAGAACAAGACAUCACCGUUGAGCUCCCACUUGACGCCAAUGAUGAAGAGGUCGAAGCUGGUCUAGCAUCGAGCCCAUCCGGCUACAGUGAGGUCACCAUCCUCAUCAGGCAUUGCCAUCUUCGAAAGCUUGCUGAAAGAGCCCGUCGGGAGUUAUAUGGGAUCGGAGCGGCCGACCGUUCUUAUGAAGAAAAAGCAGCGCUUGCAAGGCACUUGAAUGCUGAACUUGAGAAGUGGCGAGACUCAAGUAUACUCACUCCCUUCCCGACGAAUUCUUUCCAGAGCCAUGAAUACUUCCAGAUCAAUUUCCACAGAGAAAGGAUGAGAAUCUUCCUGGGGCUGGUCAUUCCGGUUGGUAUGGAGACACCGAACGCAGCUGUGAAUAUUCACUUCUUGCGGUAUUGUCUUGAGUCCGCAUCUGAGGUGGUAACGUGCUACCAACAGCUUAUACGAAGAGAUGUUCUGGUGACACAUUGGACCUUCGUCCAAGAUAUCCUACGCUCAGGGUUUAUCAUUCUUUACUGCGGCAUUCAAAUCCUGAGAGGCCUUCACACCCACACCGAUGAGGAUAUUGGUCCCAUCGAUUCAGAAAUCCUUCCGAUGGUCAAUGCGAUCGACACCACCAGAGACAUCCUGCUCGAAAUCUCUCGCAGAUGGAAGACUGUUACCACGCAUCGAGUUGCAUUCGAGCAAUUGUCGGAGCAGGUAAAAGGCAUUAUCCAGAAAAGCACUCAAUCAAGGCAGCAGUUACUCAGCGAAAUCAUGCCCCGUGGAGACACCGCGCUUCCAGAUUUUGGAGCAGACUUUCAGUGGGACUUUGACCUGUUCAACACGAACCUGGACCUCCCACAGGUCGAAGGCUUCGGGCUUUCCGAUAUGCAACUGAAUACUGUGUUUGGAAUUGACGUCAAUGGCAUGAGCUGGCAAUGA